GGAUCAUUCCAUGGUUGCCACGUGGAAGGAAAAUCCAAAAGCUUGUCAUUUCACGAGCAGCACACUGCUACAAAUUGCAUCGUUUUGAGACAAAACUCAAUAAUUCUACUCGUCAAUGCUUCAUGAACUUGCUGGUUAAUCCUUGAAGCUUAGUUCAUCUUCCAGACACUCUUUCUCUCCCAAACUCUGCGUGCAUCAUUGGCUGAGUUCAGAAGUAUCAAAGAUGGCGGCAGUGGCUGCUUCAAGUAACUUAGUGUCCAGCAGUUCUUACAUCCACCACAGAUCAAUUCUCUCAUAUGAGUCUAAAGCUGCAUCGACGGGACUUCGAUCUCUAAGGCAGACAAAUACUCACAAUGGACUGAGAAUUUUGAACCUGGUGGAUGAGCUGUUAAACAGAACCCCAAUUCAAGUUAAGGCAGUGCAAGCUAGGAGGAAGGGUCUUCAAGGCAAGAAUGUCAGGCCAACAGGUGUCAUAAUUUGUGGCAUGAAUUUGAUCUUCCUCGGGACGGAGGUUGGUCCGUGGAGCAAAACUGGUGGCUUAGGAGAUGUUUUAGGAGGUCUGCCGCCAGCAUUAGCAGCUAAUGGGCAUAGAGUUAUGACCAUAGCUCCACGCUAUGACCAGUACAAAGAUGCAUGGGAUACAAGUGUAACAAUUGAGGUGAAAGUAGGAGACAAAACAGAAAAAGUUGGCUUCUUCCACUGCCAUAAGAGAGGAGUUGAUCGUGUAUUUGUAGAUCACCCUAUUUUUCUUGAAAAGGUCUGGGGGAAAAGUGGAACCAAACUUUACGGGCCUACUGCAGGAGAGGAUUACCAAGACAAUCAACUACGUUUUAGCCUGUUCUGCCAGGCAGCUUUGGAAGCACCAAGGGUUCUGAAUCUUACGAGCAAUAAAUAUUUCUCAGGACCAUAUGGUGAAGAUGUCAUUUUCAUCGCCAACGAUUGGCACACUGCCCUUAUCCCUUGCUACUUGAAAUCUAUGUACCAGUCAAUCGGCAUCUAUAAGAAUGCCCGAGUUGUUUACUGCAUUCACAACAUUGCUUACCAAGGCAGAUUUGCAUUUGCGGACUUUCAACUUCUCAAUCUCCCUGAUCAAUUCAAAAGCUCCUUUGACUUCCUUGAUGGGCAUGUUAAACCAGUGAUUGGAAGGAAAACCAAUUGGAUGAAAGCUGGAAUUUUAGAAUCAGACCUGGUGUUAACUGUUAGUCCAUACUAUGCUGAGGAACUUGUGUCAGGCCCAGAUAAAGGAGUGGAGUUGGACAACAUCAUUCGCAGAACUGGUAUUACUGGAAUUGUGAAUGGCAUGGAUGUUCAGGAGUGGAAUCCAUCCACGGACAAAUAUUUAACAGUCAAAUACAAUGCUUCAACAGUGGUGGAAGGAAAGGCUCUUCUGAAAGAAGCCCUCCAAGCAGAAGUUGGGUUGCCGGUCGACAGAAAUAUUCCUCUCAUCGGUUUCAUUGGUAGGCUUGAAGAGCAAAAGGGUUCUGAUAUUCUUGUGGCAGCCAUUCCCCAAUUUAUUAAGGAGAAUAUUCAGAUAGUAGCCCUUGGAACAGGAAAAAAACAAAUGGAAAAGCAGCUUGAGCAACUCGAAAUAGCAUACCCUGACAAGGCCAGAGGAGUUGCAAAAUUCAAUGUUCCCCUAGCCCACAUGAUAAUUGCUGGAGCUGAUUUUAUAUUGAUUCCUAGCAGAUUUGAGCCUUGUGGUCUCAUUCAGUUACAAGCUAUGCGCUAUGGAACUGUACCAAUUGUUGCCUCAACAGGUGGAUUAGUCGACACAGUCAAAGAAGGUUUCACUGGUUUUCAGAUGGGUUCCUUCAAUGUUGAGUGUGAAGCUGUGGAUCCUGCGGAUGUGGAUGCUCUAGCAAAGACUGUCAAAAGGGCCCUUGCAGUACAUGGAACUCUAGCUUUUACAGAAAUAAUCAAGAAUUGCAUGGCUCAAGAUCUUUCAUGGAAGGGACCUGCUAAGAGGUGGGAGGAAGUGUUGCUAAGCUUGGGAGUUCCCGGCAGUGAAGCUGGAAUUGAGGGAGAAGAAAUUGCUCCACAAGCAAAGGAAAACUUGGCAACUCCAUGAUAAGAACAAAGCUGUGAGGGAAGCUUCUGCUAGUAUGUGUUUCAUGAAGUUCCCAUGUGUUCUUCAUACUUCCAUUUUUGUUUUCUUUUAAAAUAGGGCCAUUUAAUUUUAAACUGCGCAGAUUAUUUUUUAGGAAUUUUAUGUAAAGUAGAGGUUAAUUUUAUAUAAUUAUAGUUAUCAUUUUUUAUAAAGUAACUUUGUUUUGAAGCUACUAUAAAAA